UUUAGCCCGUAGCUUAAGUUGAAAAAAAAACUUACUUCCGGUCAUUUAUUUCUCGCCGGAGAUUCAAGAAUUUCCGUAGAAUACUAGGAAUGUGAAUGGAUAAUAAGAUGUAGGUUAUUGAAAAUAGCAUAAUGAAUCUGAAUAAUGAAAUAAGGCUAUCAUUUUUUUCUCGUACCCCUAAGACAUUUUGAUUUCUUUGUCACUGUCGGUGUACAAAUUUGACAGUUCGCAGAAAAUCGUCAUAACACAGAGAUUUUUAGCUGCAAUUUUGAUUGCAUAUGUAUGAUCAUUAUCACAUGAUAAUUAUACUUUGCAUCGAAAAGAAUGUGUGGGUAUGAAAGGAGAAGAAGCAUAAACUAAAAUAUCUUCCAUCCAAAGAUCAGACACAGUUGGGGUUGUUCACUUUUUGUCCCUGAAAAAGACUGAAAGAAAAUGGGAAACAAAAACAGUUGUUGUGGUUUUAAACAGUCUAAAAAGAGCCGUGAUGAAGCAUACCAGCCGUCGUCAAACAAUGUGAGAAAUGAGGAUUCCUCAGACAAUGCACGACACCAGAGCUUCUCGUCAAUACCUGGGGAUGGCAUUCAGCACAUUCUUGAUAGGGAAAAUCUUCCAGAAGAUAACCUGAAAGAUCCAUCGAACAAUCCACUGGAGAAGACAAUGUUUUACAGAAGGUCACAUGUGGAAAUCAGCAAGAACAACAAAAACAGGAGAAAGAGCCAGUAUGAUGACCUUGCUCAUAUACAAAAUGGCGGCCCAUACGGAGAGUUAAAGAAAUACAGUUCCUGCUCUACAAUCUACAUAGAUGACUCAAUAAGUCAACCGAACCUAAAGAACACAAUCAAGGCAGUCACACUGGCAGUGUACUACCAUAUAAAGAACAGGGAGAGUGAGAGAUCACAUGAUAUCUUUGACGAGAAACUGCAUCCAUUGUCUCGAGAAACCGUGCCGGAUGAUUAUGAGAAGAGGGACCCUGAACACAGAGUGAUCUACAGAUUUGUGCGGAACCUGUUCAGUGCAGCUCAGUUGACUGCAGAAUGUGCAAUAGUUACCUUGGUAUAUUUAGAGCGAUUGUUGACAUAUGGUGAGAUCGACAUUUGCCCAUGCAACUGGAAGAGGAUCGUUCUUGGUGCUAUCUUGUUGUCCUCAAAGGUGUGGGAUGACCAGGCAGUGUGGAACGUGGAUUACUGUCAGAUACUGCGGGAUACGGCUGUGGAAGAUAUGAAUGAACUAGAGAGGUUUUUCCUUGAGCUUCUACAAUUUAACAUCAAUGUGCCAUCAGGGGUGUAUGCCAAGUAUUACUUUGACCUCCGUGCCCUCGCUGGGGACAAUGACAUGAGCUUUCCCCCACAACCACUUGAUAAAGAGAGGGCUAGAAAAUUGGAGGCGAUGUCCUCAACAUGGGAAGACAAUCUGAAGAUGCUGUCUAAGCCGAAGCUUGCACGCUCCAACAGUCUUGACGGCGUCACCCACAGUCACAGAUCCAGCAUUGCUAUCUUGUCAUGACCCUUGCCUUUAAAAGCCCCCCCUUUAGUCAUACACACGCGCUUGUCUCAUACCAUGUAUAGAAAAGUUUUAAUCUGAGUUAUAAACACGUAUUUCAGUCCCGAUCAAGGUUUCAAACCAAGGGUUUUAUCUGAUUAAGACUUUGUACCAAUUCCCCAAUUUUUGAGGUUUCAAACUUUUAUUCUUUAACUGUGAAAAUGAACCUUAAUAACUAUGAAACUUGAGAAUGAAUAUUUUGCCAUCUGAAUUUGACCAAUACAUACCAGCGUUGCUUUUUAGUAAUUUAACACAGGCUGGUCUCAUAUAGCCACGACAUGCAGAAAUGGGUCUUUUCGCUAAUUGUUUGAAAUUCGUCAGUUUUAAAAAUCAUGUCCAAUAUAUUUUAAAUACUGGUACUUAAAAUGAUAUCUCUCUUGCCUUCACAACACGCUAUGGGUAGGGUUUUAGUUAUUGAUUUAUGGAAGGGUGCUGAACCCUGUCACAUUUGUUAGCAUCCAGCUGCUGUCAUAAAGACAAGCUUGGGAAGCCUUCUGUCUUUAUAGUAUUAAAUGCUUUAGACUGCCAAAUAUUUGUUUUGAUUAAUAAAAAUCAUAAAUUUAUUAAAAAUCACACAUUUAACAUAUUUGGCAAAUGAAGCUUUAUAUUACUUCAAUUGGACACCAUUCUUAAAAAAAUGUUUAAUUCAUAUUUGUUCAAAUUCUUUAGAGCCCAAUACAUCGUGUCCUUUUUCGCCUUUGCACCCCGUUGUCUUCUACAGCACCAGGUCCAGUUUAAAACCUGGCUAGAACUCUAGUUCAGAUGUUGCCAUUUUGUUUGCAAUUGAACUUUGAAGCAAAUAUGAGGUCAUAUGAAAAUUUCCGCUGAUGUCAUAUUAACUUUAAGGCCUAUAAAAUAAUACCUCAGGUUUGGGUAACUGUGCCUACCUUCGAAAUAUGCGCCAACCAUAUCGUUUUUAUAGUCCGUUGGUUAAAAAAGCACUUUCAAAAGAAGAAAAAAUGUAUGGUAUAAUAUGCUGGUUAAUUAGCUUUUAUACUGAACAUUACUUGUAUGCCUUUCUCUAAUGAUGACAAUAAAGUUUUAACAUAAUGCCUGAUAGAAAAAUUUCCUAUUUACCCGACUUGUUUUUGAACAAGAUGCAGACCUAACCACACAAUUUUUAUAAUUCUUUUGGCCUAUGACCUAUUUCUGCUUGUUGUGGUUGAAAUAUAGCCAAGUGGUUCUAACUACAGAUACUUGUUUAUUGGAGAUGGCCAGUACCUUGACCAACGGCCACAACACUCAUGAACUACUUUCUAGGGAAGGCCCUUUGUAUCAUUAAUCUUUUUUGAAAUUUGAAUAUGCAGUGCUAUUCUUCUUUUGACGAUUAAAGACUUCCACACAAAAUAUAUUUUAACCAGUCUGCCAUCGUAUUUCAUACCCAGAUUUUGAAGGUCAAGGUGUUAUGCUACAAUAUUCAAAAGGGCAUUUACUUAUAAUUAUAUAUAUACUGUCAUAUUUGAAUUCAGAUUUGUUUCGAUAAACAGUGCAUUUAUUUGAGAACAGUAAUUUUGUUGAAUAUCAUGCCAAACAUUUUUGUGAGGCGUAAACAAUUGUGAUGCAUGAACUAUUGUGAACAACUGUGAGGCAUGAACUAUUGUGAACAACUGUGAAGCGUGAAAAAUUGUGCCAAUUGUGAGUGAUCACGUAAUUAUCAUUUCUGAUAAUGUUAUGUUGUUUUUUAUGUUGAAAUCGUAAGUAGGAUAUAUUACGAGACUGUGUUAUGGCUUUUGAAGUGAAAUGAUAAACAGAUUCACUUACUAAACAACUAGAAAUGUAACAAAUACAGUGCUUUAUUUUUUAUGUUGAUUUAUAGCACAAAUCAGGAAGUAAUACUUUGCACUUUAAAAAGGAAUUAAUUAAAGAUAAUUCAUCAACGCAUAAGUUGUAAAUAUUCAUUAUUUAUAAAAAAGUUCAUGCAUGCUUAAAUCAUACUCUUAGCGUGACUUAGUCACUACCAAAUAAAGUAGAUAGAUUGCUUUUGUAAAAAAAAUAACAUUUAGAUGCCAUCUAUAUUCCAUGAAAUGAAAUUUACAGUUCUGAAAAAGUUUCUAAAAAUCUUACAUACAUUUAUUUUCUGUUAGUACGUGUAUAAAUACGCAGGUUAAAAUCUUGACUAACCAAUCAAUAUAUUAUUGAUUUUACGGUUAGCUAUACCUGGUAUUUAUGAAGUGCUUAGAAGUAACUUUAACCAUACAAUCCCGUAACCUUUUACAGUCAAUGUUUUAUGAUUCGAAUUUCUAAAUUAUUCAUAGAUAGUAUUUCUUGCCUUUCUUUGGUUUACCCCGAAACAAACAGCAGGAUAUUCAAAAUGAAUCUCAACUCUUUUCCUGUUGUUAAAUUGACGAAUAUAUAUAUGUUAUUUUCUCUUUUUUUAAUAUUUCAAACUUUGUUAUUGCAAUUAUUAUUUUAAAUUUCGGAGAAAAAGUAUAACCGGGUGUAAUACUAUUUUGAUCAGUUUCUUGCUCAUUGAAUAACAAGGUUUAAUGUUGUUUUUUGCCUUUUGAAGGAGGAUUUCAUAAAUCUAUAGAAAUCAAAGUAAGAAGCUACUCUUUUUAAUUUUGUUUAAGUUAUUAUUCUUUGUUGUCUUUGAGAUUUGUGAUAUGUUUUGACUCUUUGUAUCUUGUGUUGAUUUUGUCUUGACUUCUGUAAAGGUUUUGUUUCACAAAUAAUUCUGAUUAUUCACUCUGAUACUUUUAUUGCAAAUACCAAGUUCUCAAAUUAUUGUCUUGACCAAUGGAUACUGGCAAAACUCAGAUACGAUAUUGUUCUUUCAAAAAGUUUUUUUUAUUGUUUUUGUGCUUAAAAGUAAAAAAAAUAAUAUGAUAAUGAAGUACAAGUGGUUUAAAUCACAAUUCCUAGAAAUAACAUCUAUGUAAACAGUAUAUGAAAAUAUUUUCAAGAUAAUUUAUUUCCUAACAAAAUGUCAAGUAAAUUUUAAGUUAUACAAAAGAAGAAAACUAUUGUCUGAAUAUUUUACCCCGUAAAUCUGGUAAUAUUGUCUUACUGUCAGUGUUUUUAAAUUGUUACCCCCGUUAGAAUCAUAGGUCCAUUUAUUCAGUGAUCAAUAAUAGAUGGAGAAUCUUGGCUUGGAAUUAUGUUUACCCCGUUAGAAUCAUGGGUCCAUUUAUUCAGUGAUCGUUAAUAAAUGGAGAAUCUUGGCUUGGAAUCAUGUUUACCCCGUUAGAAUCAUGGGUCCAUUUAUUCAGUGAUCAAUAAUAGAUGGAGAAUCUUGGCUUGGAAUUAUGUUUACCCCGUUAGAAUCAUAGGUCCAUUUAUUCAGUGAUCAAUAAUAAAUGGAGAAUCUUGGCUUGGAAUCAUGUUUACCCCGUUAGAAUCAUGGGUCCAUUUAUUCAGUGAUCAAUAAUAGAUGGAGAAUCUUGGCUUGGAAUCAUGUUUAUGCAGUUAAAUCGUUGUAUUCAGGACCUACUGUUUUGUAGUGAUAUAUUGUUGGAAUGUUUAACACUAGCAGUGUUAUUUCCUUGCAGGCAAGGUUGCUAGGUAAUAAGAACAUAUCUUGAAAACACUCUGUAUUUAUUUUCAAGUUUUCAUCCCCUCAGAAGGGUUUGCGCAUUAAACUAGUCUAUUGUGCUCAUUGAAAGACUUCUGUAAUGGAACAAGUAAAGAAUAAAUUAAUUUCUAAUCUUCAAACAUAUUCACUUUACUGGCAUUUAAUCAUUUACAUGUAUAUUUACAAUUACUAAGAAACUGUCAGUGUACAACCACACCCAUGUGUAGUGCACAGUAUAUUAACUUGCAUGUUUUAAAGAUGUAUGUUAGUGAUAUUUGUACAUUUAAUGUGAUAACUUUGUCAGUGUAUAAUUCAAUAAAUGUAGAAUAAAACAGA